AUGGUGGCAAACGAGAAGACCGCCACCGCGCACCAUUCGUUGCCUGAACCUCGCAAGGAGACACCAGACCCCCAAAAGCAGGCAGAGAAACAUGGCAUCGAGAACAAGGCAGCCAGCGGCGUCCCGUUCUUCACGCCUGCGCAGGACCCGCCAGCGGGGACUGCAGUCACGCCUCAGCCAGAUGGCAAGCCCGUCCCGAAGCUCUUCACGCCCCUGAAGAUCCGCGGCGUGACCCUCCAGAACCGCAUAAUGGUGUCUCCCCUGUGUCAGUACUCGGCGGAUAACGGUUUUCACACGCUCUGGCACACCACACACUUGGGCGGUAUCGUCCAACGCGGUCCUGGUAUCACAAUAGUCGAGGCCACGGCCGUGCAAGCCCGCGGCCGCAUCACGCCACAGGACUCAGGCCUCUGGCUCGACGAGCAGAUCGAGCCCAUGAAGGCGCACACCCAGUUCGCGCACUCCCAAGGCCAGAAGAUCGGCAUCCAGCUCGCGCACGCGGGCCGCAAAGCCUCGACCGUCGCGCCCUGGCUGAGCGCCGCCGCCACGGCCACCGCCGACGUGGGCGGCUGGCCCGACGACGUCGUGGCGCCCAGCGCCGUGGCCUACAGCGAACAGCUCCCGCAGCCGCGCGCUAUGUCGCUGUCCGAGAUCCAGCAGCUCAAGGCCGACUUCGCGGCCGCGGGGCGCCGCGCCGUCUCCGCCGGUUUCGACGUCAUCGAGCUGCACGCGGCGCACGGCUACCUGCUGCACAGCUUCCUGUCGCCGGCGAGCAACCGCCGCGACGAUGCGUACGGCGGGAGCUUCGAGAACCGGGUGCGCCUGACGCUCGAGCUGGUGGACGAGCUGCGCGGGGUCAUGCCCGAGGAUAUGCCCCUUUUUGUGCGCGUGAGCGCGACGGACUGGCUGGAGGACGCGGGCGAUUACGAGGGCGAGAGCUGGAAGGUGAGCGAUACGGUGCGCUUGGCUUCGCUGCUGGCGGACCGGGGCGUGGAUCUGCUGGAUGUGUCGAGUGGUGGGAACCACCCGCAGCAGAAGAUCAAGUCGGGCCCUGGAUACCAGGCUCCCUUUUCCAAAGCUAUCAAGAAGGAGAUUGGCGACAAGAUGCUGGUAGCGACCGUGGGCAGCAUCACUAACGGGAAGCUCGCUGAGGAAUUGUUGGUUGGUGGGAAGGGAGACGAUGACACGCCGUUGGAUGUUGCGGCUGCGGGUCGCAUGUUCCAGAAGAAUCCUGGUCUGGCCUGGUCCUGGGCUGAUGAUCUGGGCGCUUCCAUCUACGUGGCGAACCAGAUCGGUUGGGGAUUUGGCGGCAGAGGAACGAGGAAAGGCCACUAA